UGUGGUCUUUGGCGUGAGAUACCGCAGUUGUCAGGGCAAUGACGUGUUAUCAACUUACAGAUAGGGGACUGGCAAAUGGAUUUACAAUUACUUCCUUGUUUUAAAUGAAAAUGUUCGUGCCUUUGGAAGAAUUACGCUAUAAAGUCAACGUUGAAGAGGUCGUUGGACAGAGGAAUAACACUGGGUGACGAUAGACUACCGAAUCGCCUCUCAACUCCAACGUAAACAAUGAUCUGUCAUCUGCAUCACUUGAGUGAAGUGCUGGACAUACCAAACUACCGCAUCCAUGGGGUUUGGGACAUUAACCGUUUAUCUCACUCUGCUGUGAAAUCCUGAAUUUUCUUACAAUCCGAACUACGUGAAUGAGGUCAUCUGCCUUGGACAACAGCAAUAUGGUAAUCGUGUGUUGUCAUGCGUAAAGUUUUCCCUCGCAGCCUAAUAAUAGAACCGCAUUGACUGACAGCAGCUUGCUUUGUCGUCUUAAUGCGUCUGUCAUUUUAAUCACGCGAUAUUUCAUUUGGACUGUAAGUUGAAGGCUAAUUGAACCAACACAGCCCUAAUGUCCUGUUGCAACGGUUAAGUUGUUAUAUUGACUGUGCACAGUACCUUAUUGACAAGAAGCCAGAAGAUGGAAGUUGGCGAAAGUGUUGAGGAAGAGGCAGUGCCAUCACCCGUAAAGCCUCCCCCGAUGUCCCGUGAACGUGUCCAGCUGCAGAAGAGCAGUGUGUGUUCGCGGUCCUACUUUAUGGUCGUCAUGGUCUUUUUUCACGUUUACAUUAUUAAUGUCAUAGCACUGCUUUUCUACGUACACUAUAGUAAUGGGUCGUCUAGGAAGGAGUUCACCAGCACCGCACAGCAUCAACAUCACAGUUUUGACCGACCACCAGUGUCCCACGAGAGAUUCACGCGUUCUAUGCACCUUCCUCGAAUUGAAGGAAUUCGGGUGGGACACGUGCAGAAGGUGUCUCUUGUGCCCAAUAAAGUGCACGAGAUGAGGACGCUCAGCUUGAAGCCUCUGUUGUUUGAGAUCCCUGGUUUCCUGAGUGACGAGGAGUGUCGCGCGGUGAUCCAGCUGGCGCGGCUGAAGGGCCUGAUGGAGAGCCAGGUGAUGGUGCCAGAGGGCCAGGAGGAGCUGACCGAGCAGCUCAACCUCAGCCCAGAGGAGAUCUUCAACCUCCUCGACCUCAACCAGGACCACCAGCUACAGCCACAGGAGAUCCUGACACACUCGCGUGUUCGUGAUGGGAUCUGGCUGACUCCAGAGAACCUGAGGGAGAUAUAUGCCGGCCUGCACGCAGACGCAGAUGGAAACGGCCUGCUCAGCCUGGAUGAGUUCCGCGUGCUGAGUGGCGACGCCUUCCAGAACUUCCUGAAGAGGCGUGGCCUGAAGCGCAGUCAGAUGGUGAGGAACAGCCGACACACCUGGCUCUACCAGGGAGCAGGCGCCCACCAAGUGCUGCAGGAACUCAGGAAGAGGGUGACACUUCUGACACGUCUGCCAUCGGAGCUGGUGGAUCUGAGUGAGCCGCUGCAGGUAGUUCGCUACGAGCAGGGCGGCCAUUACCACGGUCACCAUGACAGCGGACCUGUUUACCCAGAGACCACCUGCACGCACACACGUCUCGCCGCCAACACCACAUCACCCUUCGAGACCUCCUGCAGGUACAUCACAGUCCUCUUCUAUCUGAACUCAGUGGAGGGUGGUGGGGAAACCACAUUUCCUGUAGCUGACAACAGGACUUAUGAAGAACUGUCUUUGAUUCAAAAUGAUGUGGAUCUUUUGGACACAAGGAAGAACUGUGACAAAGGAAACCUGAGAGUGAAACCUACCAAAGGCACAGCAGUCUUCUGGUAUAACUACCUGUCUGAUGGACAAGGCUGGGUUGGCGAGCAGGAUGAGUACUCUCUACAUGGCGGCUGUGUGGUGACGAGUGGCACCAAGUGGGUGGCCAACAACUGGAUCAACGUGGAUCCAGACUACCAGAGACAGGCCCACUAUCAGGAGCUGGUGUCCCAGCAGCAGCAGGAGGCGCCUGGGGAGACCUCGGAGCACGGCUCCUCACAGCACAUAGAUACCCACGUGGAACUAUAGCAAAAUACUGUAUGUAGGGGAAAACAUGCAUAUACACACACACACACACACACACACGCACACAUACACUCACAGUGCACCGUAUACACAGGACUAUAGAAUAUACCUACACACACACAUACACACACGGUACAUGGAGUACUAAAGCAAAAAAAAAAACCACACACAUUAUAUAGAGUAUACACAGUAUUAAAGCAACACACACACACACAAAGACAUUUCAUAGACCGCCAUAUGACGGUGGGUGAGGGUGGCACUUUAUCCAGCCAACCCUGUCAUAUCUGGACGAGAUAUGCAAUGGCCUUUUUUGUAGCUAAUUUAAUUAAUGAACUUCGAAAAAGAGGUUGUUAUGCAGCACAUAAAGAAAGCAAUUUAAAACAGGGUAAACCGAUGCAAACUAUAUUGAACACAUUGAAUCCAGAUGACUAUGAAAUACACUUUGGACAUUAUGGCACCCCGGAUGCUGGCAUCAAUCUGGUGCGAUACAUACUUCAGUAAAUUAACAGUAAUUAACACCUGGUGAAACAUACGUUACCCUGCUUAUUACUAUGCAUCUACCUGGCGACAAUUAAAGGAGAGAUUUCACGAUGGCUGAUUAUAAACAACUUUCAUCUUACAAGCUGAUUUUACCCACUGCAGUAGUCAGUGAAAACUAGACAUGUCAGUCAGCAGAAGUGGUGACAGCACUCCAAAAUGCUCAUUGGACCAAUGACUAUAGUGGGGAAAUAGGCCUCUGCUCUAAAUGCCUUGUUCUGAUGUUUAGAAAUGAGCAUAUUACAGACUUAUGUACAUGUAGCUACAGUACACUACACAAUGCCAGUUCACAACUUCCCUCUCCGCACCCUCUCUCUCUCUCUCUCGCAAUCUGUAGCCAAAGCAUGACAUUGAUGUGGUGUCCAUCACAGACCUAACUUGUUGCCGGUAUUUUCGUGUUUUCUGCCUAGCAAAAGUCGAUCCUGCUGUAUUUGCAGUAUUUGAGGCCAGUCAGAGGAUUUGUCCCUAACAUUUGAAUGUAGACAACAAAUGAGCUGUAUAUCUACGAGGGACAUUUGAGACAUUUGUUUCCAACUAAAGCACUUUAAACGCUUUAAAAAGCUUUUGUUGUGAACUACUCAGUUUGUUAAGGCAUUGUCCUUCCUUUGGGCAGCCAUCUAUUUCACUGGUACUCAACAAAUGAGGAGAAUUCAGGGACCGUUUUUGGUUGAGAGUUUACUGAUGUCAAGGAAUGAUCCAAUGGGAUUGUUGAAUUUUGUCAUUGAAUUUCAUUGUUGUUGUUUCAUUGUCAUGCAUGUUUGGUAGGUUGAUUUUGAUCCUCAAUAUUUUUAUACACUGGGAAGAUGUUUAUGCACAUUUUGCACCUGGCCUACAGUAGGGUCUGUUCUAGAGCUUUGUGUAACUCACUUUGGGUUGAAGGUUUUGAGCAUAAAUGCUUUGACCAUGUUAUGUGAUGUAUGUUUGCUUUCUGAAGGCAGACCUUUACCAAAAUGUGCAGUUUUCUUGAACCAGUGGUUCUUAGAUAUUUUUUUAUUUUAUUUCAUUUGGCACACCCAUGCAACACUGGGUAUCAAACUGUAAGUUUGGAAUGAAUUGCUUAAAAAUAUUUUACUUUAAUUGGACAUGUAAAAUGAUGAUGGUUGAUGCAUGACAUCCCCAUUGUUCGAUUUGAUUAGUUGUAUUGAUAUGAAACGCCCAUUCCGCAUACAUUCCUGUAAUAAGUUUAGUUUACCAGAAAGUUCCACAAGAGAGAAUACAAGAAGAGAAUCUUACUUUCCCUGGUUCCACUGUUUUAUCUCUAUAGUUCUUUCUUCCAGUAGGCACAAGUGUGUACCAUGGCCUUAGACGCAAACAAAGCAUGUUUGAAAUGUUACUUGCACUUCUGAUGUGUUUUAUGCUUAGUUUUAGUUUACAUGAUUCUUCUUUUUUAUUCAGUGUUAUUCAAUGUUGUGUAUGUUAUGAGUCACUGUGUCUUUAUUGCACUGAAAACUCUUUCCGUCCAAUAAGACCACAGAAGAGUGAAGAAGAGUGUUUAUUUUUGUCUCUGCAUCUCGUACCUCUCAGGUGUCUCCUUAUGCCAUUGGAAGCCAUUUUAAAAUAAACUCAUGGACUCUAAUGAAAACACUA